CUGAGUGCUGGGCAGAGAGAAGGUCUGAGAGACAGAAAAAAAGGCAGAGAAAGACCAAAUCUAGAGAAAAUAAAUUAUAUCUAGGUUAGCAGAGGCUCAGCUUUGCAGGUACCAUGAGAGGCCUCCUUCCCUCUGCCAUCCUGGCAGUCAUUGUGCUGGUGCACAGCUCCUGGGCAGUCUAUGUGCAGGAUGGAGACUUGAAAUUCCCCCUGGAAUCUGUGAAGAAGCUGAAGGAGCUGAUGGAUGAAAAUAGGUCUGUCAGCCCUCGCAUGGUGCCCGUGGCCAGUAACACUCUGUGCCAGGAGAAAUCUCUCCCUGAGGAAUUCCAAGCUCUGUGCAAGAGGGAAGAUGCCCCCAAGAUUUUCCAGAGGCUGAGCCUGGCUGCCGAGGAUGACCUGUGUGAGAUCUGUGCCAACGCCGCCUGUGCCGGGUGCUUCUGAGUGAAGGACCAGCCCGAAGAAGAGGUGUCCAGCUGGCGAGUUUGUGCAUUCCUUUGGCGAGAUCACAUCCUUUCACCAAUCAAUGUCUCUCCUACCACAGCCAAAGUGGAGCUGCUGGCUCGUGCAGGCCCGUGGUGGUGGCACCAGGCACCACCAGCAGGGCAGUUCUGCCAACGAGGAGACUGAGACCUCACCCGAGAGCCUCCAGUGCUGCUGGAGUGGGGUCACACCUGAAUGAAAAUGUCCUGGGUUUCAUUUCCCACUAUUUUGCCGGGAUUUGAACGCUCCCAGUUGGAAAUCAGCAGCCUCCUGCAGCCUUUUUAGUAGCUAAUAUUUAAUAUCUAAUAUUUAAUGUCUAAUAAGUAAUAUCUGAUCACUAAUAUCUGCCUGUGAUUUGGCCUCCCCUGCACACGGCACUGGGUUAUCCCCUUUCCCAGCCCUUUCCCAGUGUCUUGGAUCACUCUCCCUGUCUGCAGGUGACACCUCUCUGUUUGCAACAGAACUGCAGCCAAUAACUUGGGAUAAAUUCCUGCUGUUUAGCAACCUUUUCACAGCCAGAAAUCGGUCUGUUACUUGCACUAAUUGCUGUGUAUUUAGGGAUGUAGAGGAGCACAGGGACACUUCCCACGUGGUUGGAGAUCCAUGUUCUUUCAGCUCCCUUUAGGAGAAAGGAAUUCCAACCUACAGUGCUGGAAUCACUCAGAAAGGAAAGCACUGCCUCAUGGUUGUACUUGUUGGUGGCAAGACAGUGAAGGAAGGAUCUGCCCACGUUUAUAACCUGUAUAUGAAAUAAAACCAGUAAUAAUUUGGACUUCUUUUUUUUUUGCUUUAUGUUUUUGCUGGGUUUUGGGGUUAGUUUUAUGUUGGGACAGUCUUGCCUACUUGCUUUCUCCCUACAUAAGGUGUGUCAUGUCCAGGUAUUCCCUGCAAUAAAACAUAUCUUAUUAAUGUGUCCUGAA